CGUGUGAGGGCCGAGGCUCGCCGGCCGCGACUGACGUUCUGGAACCGUUCUCUGCCUAGAACCCAGCCGCCGCCUCGGCUCCCGGUGGGUCCCUGCCACAAGUUCGCCGAUAACUACUACUGCAGCCGGGACGGACGCCGAGAGUCCCUCCCGCCCGUCGUGGUCGCGGCGGCACAGAAAAGCUACAGGUUUGGGGAAGAGUGGCUGGAAAGCUGCCUGUCGGGAAAGAGGUCCGACCUGGUCGGUCCCGCAGCUCUGCUGCUGCCGCUGUUUGAGCUGAGCGGGUUUAAGCCUGGUUUGGCUUAUGCCAGAAGCACGGAACUCUUCCACCCUGAAAGGAGUUCAGACUCUGCAGUGACAACAGCUGAGAAAAAACCAGUGACGCCAGGACCAGCACUUAAGAAGUGGGAAAUUUCGAAAGACCAGCCCUAUUUGUGAGAAACAAGUAUGAUGAGGCUGGACAUGCGGGUCACAGUUCAUUACAAAGCAGCACUCUAAUGGGGAGGCCUGUGGUGGAUUUUGCUACAGCGAUGCUGCAUGGAACUUGUCCUAGUGCUGCUGAUGCAUUACCAAUAAAUGUAUUUAAAGCUGUGAUUAUCCCCUCCC